GGAACAUAUGUCAGGAAUGAGUGUUUUAAGUAAAAAACCUGGUCGAAAAACUUUAAAAUAGGGAGAGAUAAGCUGUAAAAUUGAAAGAACUGAAAAUAAAUUUGAUAGCUGGAAAGGGAAAACCCCUCUUUCCGUGAAAUUGAGAGGGAAAACCCCGCUUUAGAGAAAUGAAGUGGGACGAGACAAAGAAAAAGAAAAGGUAAGGUAAUUUUGUUUUAAGUGCGUUUUUAUUUGGGAACUAGUGUCUGAGGUCAAACGUAAAGUAAUAGAAACAAAUUUACGCGAGAAACCUUGAGAGCGGAAGAGAUAAAAACUGAAAAUAAAUAUGAUAGCUGGAAAGGGAAAAAACCACUCUUUCCACGAAAUUAAGGAGGUCGAGACAAUGGUAUCAAACAACAAACAUAUGAAAUACAUGUAUUCGUGCACAUAUCGUGUCGGAUCACAUAUCGCACAUACAGCACAUAUCGUGUCGGAUCACAUAUCGGAUCACAUAUCGCACAUAUCGCGUCGGAUCGUGCACAUAUACGAGACAAUGGUAUCUUUAUAAAAAAUAGAAUGAUAACAAUAAAUUAACGACGAUUAUGUUGGACUGUUGAGAUAAACUAGCUCGAGCAGCACGCGCAAACGGGAGGCAUCACUGUCUGUCUCUCUCCCUUUUCAGCGCUAAGUACACGCUCUUAAACAUUCUAUAUAAACCUAACCCUUAAAUAACGGUUGGCAUGUUUGAGGACAACUGACUUCGGUAGAGUGAACAUAUUUUUAGAAAACUAACCCAAACAAUUUCACAUGACAUUCCAAAAGUAAAACAAAGUAGUUGGAAAAAAAAAAAAAAAACAUCUUCGAUAACUAAAACCUAAACAAAGCUUCCCAUUGAGGACUCUUAAGCAAGGCCAAGGACAAACUCAAACACGUCACGCGAUGACGAUUAUCGCGCGAUGAUUAAGCCCACUCAAAACUGAGGUAAAAAUAAAUGUGUGGUCUCGCAGCAAAUGACAAACCAAUGCUCACAAGACUCUCAUACGGAUUUCAAGAUAAUCUAACAGGCUUAAACAAUAGUCCCAAACACCAACCAGAAUAUUUCUAAUUUCAAUAGUUCCCAAACACUUCUAAAUUUAGUAAGCUUUAGUAGUUUAUAACAAUAGUAACAUCGUGAAGGAAAGAUUUUCCAACAUUUCACUGAUUACACACAGGGAGGAUUUUAUUUGCAGAUGGCACCGAUAUGAUAGAACACUGAGGUCACGAAUUAAGCAUAACAUCAAUCGAUUAUUGUUAGAAUUUCCUCAUCAAGUAAUAAAUUUUCCCAUAAUGUUAAUCAGCUGAGGGUAAAAGAUGACUGUACUGAAGCGCUGUCGAUUCGACCAGAAUUUUCAAAAUUCCAGUACGAAAUUUACGUUUUGAACUUGUCAUUGUAUCCGGAAAUUUUCUCUUCCAUUUACGAUUUAAUUUUUAUUCCUACAGAUACUCUUUUUAAGGCAGUGGGAGAUAAACUAUCCGUGCAUGACUUUUGAAUAUCCUGUUCGAAAGCUACGAAGAUGUUUUUACGAGCGCUAUCGUGAAAACGGCUACAUUCCACACAGUUUACUUUUUGACCUCCCGCACGUGAUUUAAGAGUCCUAAGACCCGUUUUAUUUGACACCAAAAUUUCUUCAACCUCAAAGCAAGGUAUUUUGUUAAAAGCGCCGUUGAUAGGAGAAUAGUGAUGCGAAGGACUAGGGGUUUAACAGGACUUUAUGGACCUGAACUCGACGUGAUAGUCUCGAUCCCAACCGACAUCAAAUGUUGACAUUCAUAGCCCAUAAAAUCACGGAUGCUAGAUCGCUAGAUUAUGAAAGCAAAAAAACACACCUAUGUUUCGUUAUCUUGGGUAAGUUUCAACUGCCAAAUCACUAUUUUCGCAUAUAUACUGCCGAAGGGGGCAUGCACCGCAGUUAUACAAACACAGAUCAUUUCUCCAAUGAUGCGUUGACACAAACGUCAUUGGAAUGUGCUUGUCCUUUGUACUGGAAGAAAAAGUCCUCAGAGAGAUCAAAUUUUGAGUUGUAGUCAUAACAUGAGGAAGGAAAAACCUGAAGACUAAGAUGGUUUUACUUCGAAGGGGGUCAAAGUAAGGUUUCCGGCAUCUCAUAAAAGGCCACGCAAGCGGAAAUGAUCGAUCACGUAGCUUCAUUAGAAAUCCUGAUAAACACGAAAGGAAACAAAGCAAACCUUAUGCAACAACCAACCUACACUACGAGUAGUCUCUCCUUUUUGCGAGCAGUCCCUACUUUUUCGUUGAAGUCCGUCGCGCGAGUCGAAAAAAAAAAAAAAACGGUGAAAAAAAUUGCUCUUAGCUUGCCGCGGGGAACUCUUAAAGUAACGCCAAUGCACCGCAGGAGCUCCAUGAGUGAGGCGCUCGAAAAGUAGGCCGGGACAAGUAUGACCGCUUGUUGACAGAUUUCUAGCCGGUAGCCAAUCAUAUCCUUACGUUGUGAUCACAUCGCAUAAUUCAAACUCUUGGGCUCGUAGUCCUUAUUACGGGAGCUCCAUGAAUGAGGCGCUCAUAGCGCACCGACAUCAAUUCUUUUUCACUGAUUUAUUUUUUGACUCCCACGACGGACCUCGCCGAAUAGGAGGGACUUCUCGUAGUCUACAACUUACCAUGCAAGGUCCUCGGAUGUGGUAUCAGUUUUUCUUGGCUUUACAGUAUGCGCUGCAAGGUAUAUUAUAUGGCCUUCAACUAAGAUAUCUUCCCAUAAUUCUGCGCAAAUCUGGAUCGUCGCUUCUUCUCGUGGGAUCGCUGAAUCUGUUGACGUUUCCUUGGCUUUUAAAAUCUCUGUGGGCACCGAUUAUCGAUGCAUACGGAAACAAAACCUUUUGGCUCUCGAUAAGCUAUGCUGGAACUGCGCUUGCACUUCUACUGGCAAGGGUUGACAAUAGAAUUAUUUUUAUUUCCUCACUGGUAUUACUUAAUCUAUUCUCUGCGACGGUUGAUUUGACUCUCGGCAAAAUACUGAUAUCAAAAUUUCAUGGAGACCAACUGUCAAAUGCAAGUUCUCUUCAGAUUAUUGGCUACAAAGUUGGCUUUUUAAUAGGAGGCGGUCUGACCCUAUUGGCUGCGGAGUAUUUCUUAAUGGGAAAAAAAAUAUUCGUUGUCCUUGCGAUCUUAUAUUUCUUUCUGAUGGUGACACUUUUUGUCACGAAAAGCUACGUGACACCGGACGUUUGUCCUGAACCGGAAACAUCGCGUUACUCAGGAAGCACACGGAUGAGUGGGUUUUCGUGCACACCAGGUUUGCAAUGGAUGAUAGCGUGCGCGUGUAUAUAUAAAUAUGCGUCGCAUUCUUCACAGUCAAUAUUCACCAUGUUUCUGGUAGAUACUGGUGAGAGUCUGGGCCGUAUCGGAUUCCUGUCUGGAAUGGUUGGGCAGGGUAUCUCAAUAACUGUUGCUUCUGUUUGGGGAGUGGCUCUGUCUGCAAAACGGAUACUCCCUACGCAGCUUCUCAUUCUGACGUCCUUGUUAUCUGUUUGUUCAGUUGUCGCUCAGCUUUGUGCUGUCUGGUUGAAUGAUACAAAGUUCAUAGCUAUUGUAUACCUGUUGCUCAGUGUGGUUCAUGGCUCACAGGCCACUCCCGUCUAUACACUCAUGUUGCAAUGUUCCCAGAAUGCACCUCCGUCCGUGCGCACAACUUGUUAUUCUUUCCUUGGUACAUUGGAAAUUCUUGGUAAACAAUUGUCGUUGUUCAUGGCAGGAGUCUUAACAGAGACAUUGGGUUAUGUAGCUGCAUUGCACAUCUCACUUGCAGUUUCCUUUUUUGUUGUUAUUUUAGUUUGGCAUUGUCCAAAAUAUCUUAAAUACUCUUAAAAAAAGUUAAUUUCCAAAAGCAUUACAACCAAACGGAAAUGGUGAAAUCGUUGAAUUGAAAAAGUGGAGCACUCGUUCGAUUAUCAGUUUUAGUUGAGCUCUUUCAUGUAGUAAAAUCAAAUGACAAACGUCAAACAUCGAGUUAAGAGUCCACAUGUUUUACCUUUUUUCGAAUGAGGGAAUUUUUAUUUCUCCAUUGGUCAUGAAGUGUCCUUCAUGACCAACAAAAAAAAUUUCUUUUUCACUUUAAAACUCAACGCUUAAAAGGUCAAACCUGAAUGAUGUAAAAAAAACCUAGGUUUGGAUCCCUAAGCGCGCACCUUUCCUGCUCCAUUUUCCGUCCAGUUCUACGAA